AGCGGAGAAGCGACGGCGGUGGCGGCGGUGGCAGCGACGUUGACGACGACGACGAGGAGGCGACGGCAGAGGAGGAGGCGUCAGCAGUAAGUGCCGAGGGAGAGUAUCGUGCGGGUGACGGACGUGCGGCGUGCGGCUCGAGAGGACCGGGAUUGCUCCGAUUGCUAAUCGAAUUUGUCGUCUCGGAGUCGCGCGCGAGCGAGCGAGUGAGCGGAAGCGAGAGAGAGAGGGGGAGAGCGAGAGAACGUUUUCUCGAGCGAGCGAGCGCGAGCCUCCGUUCCGUCCCUGUACGUCGAAGUAGCUCGGAAUAUGGCGUUUGUUUCGGCGCACGUUAUCGCACCGCCGCGGUACACCGCCGCCUGUCGCAACAGCUGAAUCGUUCCGGAUCUCCGUGGCUGCGAUCCUCGCGACACGCGACUCGCGGCACGAGGAAGGAGGAAGGGGGGGAGAAGCCAUCGCGCGCUCCCCGUCGUCGAUGCCACGGAGGCCGCGGCACCCUGGUGAUCGUGAGCGCGCGUGGCGCGCAGCCGCUCGUCACCGAGGACGGGCACGAGGAUAGAUUGCGUCAUUAUCGUCCGUAUCACUGCGAUGCCGAAGAGGCACCACGAGAAGGCGAGUGCAGCACAAUGACGUCCCGCAGUUACACCAAGUCCUACAGCCGCAAGGUCAGCAGUGUAACGCCCGGCAGCAUCCAGUUCGACAAGCUCUUCCGCGAAAACAGCAACCGGCCGUCCGCCGCCAAGUCCGCGGGCACCGUCGGCAAAUGGGGCAUAACAUCCUUCACGUCGAUCAGGAGCACGAACAUCAAUGGGAGGAGAGAUGAUAUACAUCCCUAUGGCGCAAAGAGAAUGAAACUCGAUUAUGGGAAUCAGAAUCGUGUGAAUCCUGGGAAAGACCCGUUCUCCUUCGAGACCGACCCGGACAAUAAGUCGGACGCGUCGGUCGUCAAGCCGAAGAAGUUCUUCAAGAGCCGAAAUGUCCCGCCUGCGGUGGAAGAAUCUCGCCAGGAUGUGGCAAUUUACAAACAAGUACCUGAUUCGCAAUAUGGAAGGGCCCGCGCCCCGAAGCAACCCCCGCAGCAGCAGCAGCAGCAGCAGCAACCGCAGGCUGUAACGAAAGUGUCACAUGCUCCAAUUAAGAAAGUAGUAGAAAGUUUAGAUAGCACCAGUACACCCGACCCUCCUUCCAAUCGGGAGGAGAGCAAACCGCCGAUCGUACUGAGAAUAUGCAAAGGUACGGCGCGAUUGGUUUGCGGCGACGUGCAUCAGGACAACCAGGAGUCUGAGCCUGACACCUAUAGGAUUUCCACUCCCCUCGCUAGUCCCUCGAAAGUGGACGUCGAGCGUAAGACCUUCAAUACGGAGACGUCGCUCAAGUCCGAUCAUAGAUCCCUACGCACGCAUCAACCCGUUGUCUCCACCGUGUCGAUUCCGUUGGAGAAUUCGGAUAUGCGAAGGACCACGCGUAGUCGCGCCAAGAAUUUGCACUUGGACACGACGGCAACGACCUCCGUCGUGGCGCCGCCAACGACUCCGGUCACCCCGAACUCACACGGUUCCGGCCUCUCCCUGACGCUGAGGAAAUCGGUGACGGACUCUAAUAAUACACUUAUCUCUCAUUACGACAUCGUUAAGACUGACUGCAGCUCAACAUAUUCCUCUAAAUCGACGAUCGAGCCGUUAAUCGGACGCGAUCAGCCACUGCCAACCACAACUCAAGAGCUGAUCGAUAUUUUGUCGAGUGAUUCCGACACGAGACCACCACCCCCACCAUCGCCACCAGCACCAUCACCGUCACCAUCGCCACCAUCGUCACCAAUAGCACCAGUAGCACCAUCGGUAUUGGCCGCCACUACCGAUGACAAUGACAAUAUGGAGAAUGCGGAAGAAGCGACGCCGGAGAGCGUCGCGAACCUAGUUGAGCAACAUUGCAUCAUAGAUAUCCCGACCAAUGAAGCCGCAAUCGAACCUGCGAUCGCGCAACAAUCCGAGCCCGAGCCGGAGGUAGAGCCUGAUCCUGAAUCAGAGCCGGAACUACCGAUCCGUGGGACGAGCGACACCGUCGCCACCGUCGAGAUCGCGGCUAAGACUCUGGUGGAUCAGGACUGGUUUUCAGGCAGUGACGAUAGUGAGGGUGCUAGUGGAAACGCCGAGAGUGAGAUACCGUUGCACGUGACGAGCACGGUCUCGGAAUUGCAGAGCUCGGACCCGCCGUCGACGAGUGUCUCGUCGACCAAGCCCGCCGCCGCUAAGAAAGGCAGUAUCUUCAAGAGCCGUUCGACGGGCGCUACGAACGGAAAUAAGAGACGGGCGUUGUAUAAGCACAAGUGGUGCGACAGCGACAAGGAAUCCACCGCUCCAGAUACGCCUAACACCGGUAACAGCACGCCGACCACUGCGUCUGGCUCCAGCACCGCGGGACCGGUGGCGUACGAGGAGGAGUUCGAGCCCUCGCAGCUGACGAGAGUCGUCACUUAUCCUGCGGUCGAUGCGGAUUUCGAGGACGAAGCCGAUGUGGUCACGAGCGUUCGCUGUGGCAGGAAAGUUAAAGGUUUCUAUACUGUAGUAAAAAAUGUAAAGAAAGCUCAUCAGAUACAAGAAAGUGGAGAAUUCCAAGAGUUUAAUGAUGAUGUGGAGUAUAUCUUAGAUACUUUGAGAGAAAAUAAUCCGAAUGCUACUCGUUGCCUUUCAGCCAUACGAUUAGCAAGUAAAUGUAUGGCUCCUGCAUUUCGUAUGCACGUGCGUGCUCAUGGAACUGUUGCCAAGUUUUUUAAAGCUCUUCAUGAUGCAACUAAAGAUCAGAGUCUUGGUCUAUGCACAGCUACUGUAAUGUUUGUAUUAAGUCAAGAUCGUCUGGCUAUGGAUCUUGAUCGUGAUUGUUUGGAAUUAAUGUUAAGUCUAUUAGAAUCUGAUGCUAGCCAUAAGGAUGCUCUUGACGAUUGUGGUCUCAGUCAUACUGAAUUAUUGAAAAACAAAGAAAAAGUGCGUCAAUUGUGUGCUGAUAUUCAAGCUCAAGGACACGCUAAGCAUCUAAAUCUAGAUAAUAUCACCGUUGGUCAGCUUGCUAUGGAGACGCUUUUAAGUCUUACAUCAAAGCGCGCUGGAGAAUGGUUCAAAGAAGAGUUACGAGAAUUAGGUGGCUUGGAGCAUAUUGUAAAAACAAUUCGAGAAUGUCACCGUCAUAUUAACAGCCAGAAUGUUUUAAGAUCUGGUUGGACAGAUCCUUUGUUAGACAAAUUACGUAAAGUUGACAGAUGUUUACGCGUCUUAGAAAAUGUAACACAUAUGAACGAAGAGAAUCAGGUGUAUUUAUUAAAAUACGAUGAAGGCAUAUUAGUAAGCACAUUAGCUAGUUUAUAUCAUCUAUGUGGACAAGAGAUUCCCAUUUAUCCGACAACAGAUCCGAGCGAUAAAAGUUCCACUGGUGCUGUUGUUAGAGAAUGUCUUUUUGCGAUUAUUAAAGUUCUCAUCAAUCUUACCCAUCGGUUUAAUGGACAAUCCUUCGGUAGCAAAUCAGUUGGCGCACAAGUUGGCGUUUUGGAUUGUAGUUUGUUUCUUUUAUUACGUGUACCAGAAUCACUCCCAGAGGAAAAACGAUUUGACAUGAUGAUGCUAGCAUUAAUUCUAUUGAUAAAUUUGGUAGAGCAAUGCGAUGAUAAUAAGCGACUUCUUAUCGAUUCGAAAGCACCUCUGUCGUCAGAAAAUAUUUUCGAUGCGGAAGAAAGUGGCGUAGCGUCAUUGAUCGAUUUGUUCUACAAGCAAGAGGAACUUGCGCGUGCCGAAGAACAGAAAACUGAUGCGAUUCUCGACGGAAAGAAAGAUUCUGAGCAAACGGAAACGGUAUCAACCACUACUAAAUCUCAGGAAGAAUUCAUCGAAGAGACCGUCACGAAAUUGUUACAAAAAGCUGGGCGACAUAUGGAACAUACGCUAAUCGGAUCAUAUGUAGUACUGUUACUUGGAUACUUAAUAAUGGAUAACAAGGAGUACGAGUCGCUAGUACGAAGUAGACUACCAGACAAGAACUUCGCCACUAUGGUAUCUGUACUUCAAAAGUUCUUCAACUUCAUGAAUCUGACGGCAUCGAACGAAGUAAGUAGUUGCGGAAUCGCCGCUACUGAGAAGGUAAUCAAGUUCCUAAAGAUGUCGGAUGCCAGAAUCGAGGAAGAGAAGAAUGAGUUACCAUUGCCAGCAUUAGAGGACACCAACAUGAUGCUUGACUUAACUUCAUCUUGAUCGACAUGUUAUGCACAUACCUGACAGCAUUUUUAUUUUAUCUGGCAUACACGACGAGCCAAAGUUGUAUUUUUUGUCCAACAAAGAAAAAUUCUUUUUAUUACAAUAUGGAUGGACUUGUUUCAUAUUCGUAUAUUUUGAUACAUAUUUAUUCACUUACGUAAUUUAUUGUUGUAGGUUUCCUUAUUGAUCCGAUUGAUUUCCUUUAUAUUUACAAUUUGGAAGUUAGAUUAUAUCUAAUUUUAAGUAUAAACUAGGAUAGCUUUGAAUAUUAUGUAUAGGAACACUUGUAAUUAUAAUUACAGGGCACUUAUCGCAAUUAUAUCGUUAUUGUCUACACGAUAUCACUAAUGAUUCGAAUUAACGAGCAGCCACCUUCUGUCAAAGUUGCGAGACUGCCAAGAAGAAUAAAUGUGACGCGAUAAGCUUCUUGCCAGCCUACCUGAUUUACUUUCUAUAUGAAUAUAUAUAUAUAUAAAUAUAUGAGAUCUUAACAUUGUACAAUCAAUUUUUAAAAUAAAUAUAUCUAAUGCGUUUUAAAAA